CCGCUAAAGCGAGACACCGCCAAGAUCAGAUUGUGAGACGCGCUGCUGCAGCGAGGCUAGCUGAGAGUGGAUAGAAAAGGCUAACACACAACUUGCUAACUUGUGAAGUGCACCGGGUCUGAAUAGUGACAAGUAGAAGAGAAUUUUCUUUUUUAAACUGAAGCUCAACUCCCCCGGUCCUUUGGGAUCAUGGCUAAAGAUGCUGGUCUGAUUGAAACUAAUGGAGAGCUGAAGGUUUUCAUCGAUCAGAAUCUGAGCCCCAGUAAAGGUGUCCUGUCUUUGGUUACUGUCCAGCCAACAGCUGCCCCUGUGGCCAAACAGCUACUACCCAAAACCCUUGGGCCCUCCAAUGUGAACGUUGCUGCACACAUGCAUGUGCCACACAUGGUAAUUGGAACACCUCAGAGGCCUACGGUAUCCAACACCAUAUUGGUAAACAGUCCACAUACACCCAGUUCCCAGUUCCUCACUCAGAGUCAACCAUCUGAUGCCUCUCCUUGGUCAUCAGGAAAACGUGGUAAGAAAGGGGAAAAGAAUGGGAAGGGCUUGAGGCAUUUCUCCAUGAAAGUGUGUGAGAAAGUCCAGAAGAAAGGAGUAACCACCUACAAUGAAGUGGCAGAUGAACUGGUCGCAGAAUUCAGCUCUACAGACAACCACAUGUCACCCAAUGACUCGCACGUGUAUGACCAGAAGAACAUUCGGCGGCGUGUGUACGAUGCACUUAAUGUGCUCAUGGCCAUGAACAUUAUCUCUAAAGAGAAGAAAGAGAUCAAGUGGAUUGGUCUGCCCACCAACUCAGCACAGGAGUGCCAAAAUCUAGAGGUGGAGAGACAACGGCGACUGGAGAGGAUUAAGCAGAAACAGUCACAGCUUCAGGAACUCAUACUACAGCAAAUAGCUUUUAAGAACCUGGUUCAGCGGAACAGACAGACAGAGCAGCAGGCAAACAGACCUCCGCCUCCCAACUCCAUCAUCCACCUUCCCUUCAUUAUUGUCAACACCAGCAAGAAAACUGUCAUCGACUGCAGCAUUUCCAAUGACAAGUUCGAGUAUUUGUUCAAUUUUGACAGCAUGUUUGAGAUCCAUGAUGACAUCGAGGUUCUGAAACGUAUGGGCAUGGCUUGUGGUUUGGAGGUGGGAAAGUGUUCUCCAGAGGAUCUGAAGGUUGCACGUAGCCUGGUGCCCAAAGCCCUGGAGCCCUACGUUAUAGAGAUGGCAAAGGGUCCCAUAAGUAACGUCUACAUCACUGGAGGAUCCUCUGCUAAUGGAGCACGUUACCCCGCAAGCAGUGAUGGUUGCACCGAUGGCACCAUGGCCUCCAGCUCAAAUGACUCUCACUAUAGUGGGUCUCGCGUGGAGACUCCAGUGUCUUACAUGGGGGAUGAGGAUGACGAGGAUGAGUACGACGAGAACGACGAUGAAGAUUAGCCUGUCUACGCCUCGCCACUCCAACAAGCACAGUCCUUCAAACCACCUUCACCAUGGGAAUUUAGUCCCCCUUUUGUGUGUGCUACUUCAACCUUUUCCCCUGUUUCCCAUGCCUGUAUUUCUGUCUGGCUUUUCUCAGGGGUGUAGAUGAAUAUUGAGAGAACUGGGGUGUAUGUUCCCCCCAGUUUUUUUUUUCUGCUCCUGAAUCACGUGCACCUGCACCGCAGCUCUGGGGGAGGUGUCGUCCAAGGGAACUGUAGUCUGUGGCCUGACCUCAAAGCUGAAGUCUUUGUAUGUCUAAUUCACUUUUCAAUAAGCCAUCCCACUAAAGAAAAAAAACUCUAUAAAACCUACUGCUGUUGGAGAAUGUAUAA